AUGACGUCCGUUUUUAAAAAAAUCCAACAGGACAUCGAUGCCAAAAUCCAUAAGACCAAAGAAUUUCUCUCUCAUGAGAAAGAAUGGCACAAUCUUUCCGGCUCUGUACAUCUAACUACCGAAAAAAUCUUCCAUCCGCGUACAGUCGACGACUGUAAGCGCGUUGUUCGCAAGGCAGCCAAACAUUCCAAACAUAUCCGUGUCGCUGCAUCCGGUCAUGCAUUCUCUUCCCUCUGCAGUACUAAAGAUUAUCUCAUCAUCACUAACAACUUGACCAAAAUCACCAUCUCCGCACAUGAGAAACAUGGUUACGUUGUCAUCGCUGAGGCAGGAGCAAAGUUGGCGAACAUUGAAAAGGCACUGAGUGAACAUAAUCCGCCACUGAUGCUGAAAACUGGAGGCCUGUUUAAAGAACAAACGAUUGGUGGGGCUGUUAGUGUUGGCGCGACAGGAAUGCAAGUAGGGAAUGCAAGUAUUUCGGAUGAAGUGGUAGCAUUGAAGGUGGUUGCAGCGGAUGAACAGGUAAUUGAACUCACCGAAGAGAAAGAUCCAUUGGAGAUGAAUGCGGCUAGGUUGAGUUUAGGCUUGUUCGGCAUAAUCCAUACCGUGACACUUCGCACGCGUCCGCUUCAGCGGGCCCUUUUAAUAGACUCUGUCCUUCCUCUUUCUACCACACUGACUGAGGCCAAUAUCUCUUCGCUUCUUUCCCAUAAAGAAGCCUUGGAACUUGUCUACUUUCCAUUUAAUUCUUCGACCUUUACUGUUGCUGACGACGUUAUCUGGGUUCGAUCAUUGGUAAAAACAGAUGAAAAUCCUUCCAAUGAGAAGGCGGAAGAUACAUUGUGGGGAAACUACAACGUGAAGUUCAAUGAACCGUUAUUUAAGUAUAUUGUUAACAAUCCAAGCGCGACACCGCAUUUAGUGAAUUUGUUAUUUAAAGCGGGAGUUAAAGAAAAGAAAAUCGUGGUGUCUGGAGGAGAAGCGUACUCUUUGAACGGGGCAAUAGAUAAAGUGCAAUAUGUUGGUGUGGAGUUUGUGAUAAAGCUUAGAAAUGGGUACAAGCCUGUGGUUGAUGCCUUAAAUGAAGUCGUCAGUAAGAUCUACGAACGUGCUCAAAAGGAUGAAUUUCCCAUCAAUUUGCCAAUUAAGAUUCGUUUCGUCAAAGCAUCCCAGGCAUUACUGUCACCAUUAUAUGAUAGUAACUCUUCAACUGUGUUUGCUAUAAUUGAGCUCAUGUCUAUUAGGGAUACUAAAGGAUAUCAAGACUUUGUUGAUUCUAUCAGCCAGACUUGGGCUAAGAAAUAUGAAACUCGUACCACUUGGUCGUCCUAUUGGGAAAGAAUUCCAGAGGUUUUCCCUCAGACGCGUACCAGUCUUGAUGAUAGACGUAAUCAGUUCAAUAAGAUUAGAACAAAGUAUGAUCCGAAUGGAAUGUUCUUUGAUAAUGAGAGUUUGAAGAGAGUAUUACUCGGUGCUGGUGACGAUGCUGACCUUGAUAAGUGA